UGUACAUCUUGAUCUAACAGGAAUAGAUGUACAGUUCUGAAUGCCAAAGAGCAGUUUCUGUUUAUUUUCCCUUGAUUGAAAAAAUACAAUACUCUGUUCUUACAUUAAUGAUUUCAGAAUAGUAUUUUAUUACAGUACAUUAGUACAUAAGAAUUAAUUAAAUUCAGCUGAUAAAAAGAGAAGUGUGAAGCAAUGUUUGAAAGCAGAGAUAAAUAAGUACUGUCUAAGUUUUCCUGGGCAUUCCAGUUUUCAUUCUCCUUUAUUGCACCACUGGUUUUUGAUACUUGGAACUUCUAGCAGCAGAAAUUGACCUUUGUACAGAAUUGUACAAAUGAUAUGACCUCACUACAUCUUUUCUCAGGCCUGGAAUAAGUAUGGAAGUCUUUGUGAGACCUGUAGCAAGAUUUGAAUUUAUGCCUCCAUAUUUAAGUGGCUUGAGUUAAUCUAUAGAAUCAUCUAGAGCUUUAUAAAUUAUUUUAUAAUGCAUUUAUCCACCUCAUGUCUGGUGAAUAUGGGUAGAUGCAUGCCAAGCUUUCAGACUUGUUAACAUAAAAGAGCUCGUCCUAUGUACCAUGCUAAAACUCCUUCUAAAAUGUAUUUAUGUGUAAUUAGUCUAUAUUGGGCUUUCCUCUUUUUUCCUUAGAGACAGGGCAGCAGCAGCAACCAGUCAGAUUACAGAAGAUAUCUUGCCACCCUCUCUGCAGCCCAGCAUCACUGCAGUCACUCAGUUCCCAGUUUGUCUGCCUCACAUGAUGCAGUGCUUCUUUAAGGACAAAGGGUAUAGGGUUUCCCUUGAAAAAAAAAUGUAAUUUUUGAAAGAUCUAGGAAUUCGAGUAUUUUGAACUUUUUUCAUCACUUCAGGUCCAUGUCUGCUUGGACAGGAAAGAAACUGGACAAGGAAAAGAAAAGAAAAGGUAGCUGUGCCAAUUCUCCUGAAGCAGACCCUGUCUGUACCAAAGCAAAGUCUGUGAGAUCUGACAGAUCCAACUUCUUCAGAAGGUCAGGGGAUCAAUACUCCAGCACCAGAUCAGAGACCUCCUACACCAGGAGGAGGGCUAGGCAGUCUUCAGAGCUGACAAGGGUUAGUUGUGUCUCUGCUUCCCUCUGCCAAGAGGAAAAGAGGUCAGACGAAUGGAAGUACAGGCAUGGCUCUAGACAUCAUGCUUCUGAGCAAGUGAUAAUGGGGUCGGAGAAGGGCUCAGAUUCUCAGGCAGGACAACCAUCCCCUUUCCAGCAACCCCUCAGCUGCAACUCAGUUGGUGGCUCACUGGCAAGGCAGCAUUCUUCUCUCCAGCACUGGUGCAGCCAGACCCCAGACUGCAGCUCAGAUUCAGAAGACACUGAGAGCUCCUGCCCCAAGAAGGUAAGACCUUCUACUGCUCCUCACUUCUCUGAAUCUGAAAAGAAUUCACUAUUGAAAUCUGUAAUUGUGCCUGAGCUAGCUACUGUCUUAAAGGAUGCUUUGACAGCAGCCAGACAAAGUAUAACAUCUGUGGCACAGGUUAGGUCCCAUUCAGUAAAGCAUCCCAGGGUACCAGUUACAGAAGUUCCAGUGGCUCCUUUAGAAGCAUCUGGGAGCAGUUCCCAGACUUUUGAGUCUGACCAUAUGGACAGCUUAAAAGGUCAAACAGCUUUUGGGAAGGAGAAACCUGAGCUUGACGAGGCCUCCUUGGAGGUUGAGUCAGCCCAUGAAGAUGGGGAAGUGGCAUCUGAGUCCCCUACAGAAGAUAAAGAAGGACCAGAUCCUCUGCGUAAAUUUGACAUGGAGAAUCAGAAUUAUCUGUUCAAACACAUAAAGAGGGUGUUAAUGCUAAAAUCGUCCAAAUCUGAGUGUGCUUCAGAAGAACUGCUUAUCCCCUCUGAAGAAGGCAAGAUAGAUAAUGCACUUCCUAUUCAUUCAGCUGUGGAAGAUCUUGUCUGCAGGAUUUGGGGUAAUCCUGAGGCCAAGCAUGAAGCCCCAGCAGUACUACAUAAACUCUAUCCUUUUCCAGGGGAUAAAGCUGCUUUGUGGGGGACCUUGCCUGAGGUAGACAGAGCAUUGGUUACUGGUGAUUCUGUACUGUCAGUGCCUGAUAAUAGAGAUCCGCUCCCUAAAGAUCCUACUGACAAAAAGAUCGAGGAAGCAAUUAAAAGAUCUUUCAAGCUAGUUGCAGCUCAGCUUGGAGUAUCUAUCUACUGCACUUAUGCUUCUAAGGCUUUACUUAUAUGGCUGGAGGAAGAACAAGCCAAAUUCAAAAAGAAACGGUUCCCAUCUGCUACCAUGCAGAGGAAACGCAGGCUAUGUAAAAUUGCAGCUAAUUUUAUCCAUGAUGCAGCUGAGGAUUCUCUUAGACUCACUGUUAAAAAUAUGGCAUGCCUCACUGUAGCCUGGAGAGCUAUAUGGUUGCGUCCUUGGACCUCAUUGCUAGAUCUAAAAUGUAAACUGCUGUCUUUGCCAUACACAGGGGGCAAGCUAUUUGGUGAAUCCUUAGUCCAGAUCAUGAAGGAUUUCUCAGAACACAAAUACUCCUUACAUCAGAUGAAAAAAAAGAGCUCUGUUGGAAGCUGUUCCUUUUCUUAUCCUCACAAGUGUCUGAGCUCCUUGCGUUCUCCUCCAAAGUUCAAAGGAGGGAAGGGAAAGUAUAAGGUCUCACAGUCAUUCCAUGCCAAGUACAAAAAGACAUCUUACUCUCAGAGAGACACCAGACCAUCAAGAGGAACUUUCUAAGAGCAUAGACUUGCUUCCUACUUUCUCGGGAACUGAGAAGAGUGAAAGAUGGAAAUGUUUCAAUAUUUCUGGACAAGUAAGCCCAGUCCUCAGAAAAUUAGUUGUUUCAAAAUAAAAUUAAAACUAUUAAGUUGCUUAGAUCUUGAUGAGUAAUUAAUACAUUCUAGAGAAAUGACAGCUCUUAAUUUUAGGGGAGGUUUUUUCACAUUCCAUGUCUAGGCUUCUCAGUGGUCUUUGGAUGGCUUGGAUUUGUUUGAAGUUUUGCACUCCUCAGCUUCAUCUAAGAGCAUCCCUUCUGCAGGACCAGCCAACAUCAGAUUUUUCUGCCAUAUCAAACUAAAUAAGGAAAUAAUGGUUUAGGAAAUGCAGAUGUUUCAAGAACCAUGGAAUGACUGUGUACACUAUGUUCCUGUGACUGGAUUCCUUCACUUUCACAUAAUAAGGGAAAACAGUGCCUCUGUAGCAAACUGCAAUGAGAUAGUAAAUUGUGGACAGUCAAUGCUUACACCAAGCAACUGCAAGAAACAGAAUAAGUAAGAUAGAUGUAUAUUUAUUUAAAUUAAAAUAAAAGAUUAUACAGAGCUCCUGUUCAGGUCUAUACAUCAGCCUAAUUUCCCUCCUGGUCCCUAAAUUGAGAGAAAUUAAGCAGUUAUAACAGCUACAGACCUAUGGGUUUAUAGGUAGGGAGAGACUGGAAGCUUGCAUUUUUUAGUUAACUACAAGGCCAGGACAAAGUUGCAGCAGUCUGCAGAAUGUUCUUAGGAAGACAAAACAGGACAAGGCAACUCCAAUAGUAGGACUGCUAGUGUGGUAACAAAGGAUGUUUGCACGUUUUUUUGAAUUAUUUUGCCUCUUUUCUUUAACAUUUUGACACACACAGUAUCUUUCCUAGAAAUUCUUGGAAAUGCUACAAGAGACUUUCUGGCAGAGAGUUUUGAGAUUGCUAGAUAAUGUAUCACUCUUCCUUCUUGUUCUGGGUUGAUUAACAAUGAGAAUAUGGUUUGUAACUACAACUAUUUUUUUCUCAUGUACUUAAGUUUUAGUGCAGGUUGGGUGUGUUUCCAAAGAGACCUAGCCAUGAUUUGUGCCUCAGCACUGUAAUUCUAAGCUUGGUCCCUUCUAGCACAAGGGAUUAUCUCAGUGGACUGCCUGAAAAACUUAAUAGUCCAAUUGGAUUUGGCACUAGUCUUGCUGUGUUCUAAAUUACACACAUGUGCUUUUUUUGACAGUUCUUAUUUUAAUUAUUGAGUAUCUGUAUGAUUGCUUUUUAAAUCAGUACUUGAUUUCCCUUCGUAUAAUUUUCUACCAGAAAUAGAAAGGGUGGAAAGUUGGUUAAAUUUCUCUCAAGCAGAUUUUUCUUUAAAAUUUUCACAAGGAGCAAGUCAGGUUCUUUGACUAACAACAUUUUUUUCAACACAUCGCCAUUUAAACUAGAGCUUAACCUCCCAGUUUUUCCAGCUUCUACCAGGAUUGAAGAUUGAGUAUUACAGAGAUGUUAAAGAAAAACUACUCAGAAGACUACUAUAGAUGUGCUUAAGUCUUAGCUAAAUAAGAAAUAGUAAAAUGGCUUGAUAUCUGGAUUGAUACAUGUGCAUAAGUCUAUAGGGCAAGCAUUUGUCACCUGCACAGUGCUAACAAGUUAGAAGUGUGAACAGAAACCUGUUAAGUGUUAGGGCAGAGAUUGCCCUGGAGUGUGCAGGGAAGCACUAGUGAAAGGUACUUCUGUGGCUUUCCGUGACUGCUUAUACUGCAACAUUUCUGGGCUAUUGACCUGAGGGCACAGAAAAAGGAAUUUACUGCCAACAGUUUUCAUCUGCAUCCUCUUUCUGCGUUCCAUAGCUCAGGAUGUUUUAUCCAUUUUGUUUGGUUUAUGUUGCCUUUGAUAUGACAGUUAUGUUAUAAGGAAAAGUAGUAUAUUGCUAACUGUAUAUUGAGUCUUUUUGCAUGUCCAUGAAUGUGGCAAAGUUUAGUGGGAACUAGUUGCCUGCUGGAGUGCAGAGGCAUCGUAAAACUGUCUUCCCCAUUCUGACUGGUUGCUGCAUGUACCCAUAUCUAAGGAAGAAAAAUUGAAAAGUUGAAAGAAGAAAGGAGAUUUCAAGGUACAUAUUUCUCUCAAUAACUGAUGAGCUUGUGAAAUGGAAGUACUUUUUUAAAAAAAUAAAUUUGUACUUUGCACUUAUAUUAUUGUUACCUUUGUACUUCUUGUCUCUCUUAACAAUUAGAUGCAAGUUUGAUAUUGUUCAUUACACUAAAAAGAAAAAGAAACAUGUAUUCAUAUAUUAGCAGCGAUUCAUGAAUAAUAUUUAAGUCAUGCUUUUAGAGUAUGCUUUAAUAUUAAAUACUGUUCUUAUUAAAAGGCCAAGAAGUGUAUGUGGUACAUGUCAGUACUUAUCAAAAUGAUUGGUACAUAUGAGUCUUCACUGAGAAACUUUCAUCCUUAAAAAGCUACUAGUAUGGAAUUUAUUUAUACAAUAAAAAAUAGUAAAAGUAUCACUACACUUAACUUCCAUGGCUGUCUGAUCUAAAUAUGGAAUUCAUACCCAUUCUCACAUCUUGUUUGUUUGGUUCCCUUCCAGUCUUGUUUUCUCACUACUAAUUGUAUGCACUGCAUACAUGACACUUUUCAAAAACUUCUUCAGUUUCCCACUGUAAUUUUAGUCAACCCAAUUUGCACUUUAUUUUUUAUAUCACAAUAUUACAUUAGGUAAGUAUAAAAAUCAGCAAGAAAAACCACAAACAGAAACUAAAAGAAAUUAUUUUUUAUCCUGAUUGCAUUUUGGAAUAGUUUUACGAACAACUGUAAGCAAGAUUGGCAAAUCUUGAAGGUACCAUAUCAAAAUGUAUUGCUUUAACAUGUUUUUGCAAUAUAAUGUUAUAUAUUCUACAGCCUAAAGUGUUCUAUAGCUAUGUGGGCACCCAUAUUCAUAAUGCAAUUCAGCAACUUUUGCAGUUUGUUUCUUGGCAGCAAACAGGUAAUAUAUUCAUUUCCCCAGAGCACCAGAGCACCUUCUCUGUUUUGCACCCCCAGGGUAACAAAAGUACUGUCCAAAACAUUGAUGUCUUCACUUAUUUCUCCCUCUCCUGUUUGUUAGGAUUUUUUCCUCUUUCUUCCUCAAUUUCUUUUUUUUCCACCCAAAACAUUGUAUUCAUCUAAUACAAGAGUCAUAAUCCAGUUUGAUAAAGAAUAAAUAGUACCAUGGCAUAUGUUUCCUUUUCCUGAAUGCAGAGUGGAAAGAACCCUGGGUAAUUCCACUUGUUUUUCUGCCAGAGUCUUGGCAAAACCUCUCUCUGGACUUGUGUAGUGCAACAAGGGAAAGAAACCCCCAGGUUCACAUUUGAUUUUUGCAUCUGCUGUGACUGUGCUCUCUGAGCAGUGCCCACCUCUAUGCAGAUACACUCCUGGGUAAAUCUGCAGGCUUGUUUGUUUUUAAUUAUAGAGACAGUAGAUUCCACAUCCUUAUUAAAAUAUAGAAAAAUCACAGACACAGUGCAAACAACUGUGUAAGUAUUUCUUCAUUAUUUGCCUUAUUAUUAAACUUUGUUUGCAAAAAUAUAAACAAGAAAACCAAAAGAGCAACACAAAGCAGAAGUUCCCAUACUCAAAUUUAUCUAAAUUAUAAAGGAAAAUCAAGCUUUUUAUUGGAUUAAACACAAAAAUGUGGGUACUUUUAAUACAGUGUAUAUAAUAAUGGUGUAUUAUUUAUUUAAUGUCUGUUUCAGCCUAGUGAAUUACACUGGCUGGGGUCACACUGGAUAGGGUCAUACUUUAGAAUAUUUGCACAGAAAUUCAUAAGGAAGUGGAAUAUGAUAGAAAUGCAGUUUUAAUUUAUUUUCAUUCCUGCAUAUUAUGAUGUAAUAAUUAUGAAGUUAUUGACCGAAAAUUAAACAAAAAAUCAUACAUCAAUGUCUUUUCUUUAAUAGUCUUACCCAGAAAGCAGAUUUGCUUUGAGAGAAGGACUGGUUACUAUUUCAAAGUGAGGGUCUGGUCUUCAUUUGACUUGUAUAGCCUGUUUUAAUAACUCCUAAUACCCUCUGAUGAGGGCAAUGGGGAAACGAUUUUUUGUGUGAGUAUUAAAUAUUCAAUUCCAUUUUCAGCCUUUUAAAUAUAGCGUCCGUCCUAAAUGAACUCUCUUCAGUAAUGUCUCUGUAAUCUGUUUGUGUUUACAGUGUUAUAAACAGUUUCACUUUGCUGCUGGAUUCUUGAUAUUUUGGAGUAUAGUUGUUUAGAUGUUGCUGGCCUGUAUGUUUGCAGCACCAGUGAGCACAGAAGAUCAAUCACACAAUAUUUUUCCUUGUGGCUUGUACCCACCAAUAACUAAAAAGUCAAGCCUGAUACUGUCAAGUUCAGACAUCUUGCCUUUGUGUGUGCUUUGAGCAUGAAGGUUUCAUUACGUGUAUAGAAAAGAGAUAUUUCUACCACUUCUUUUCUGAUGUAUACACAGAAUGAUAAAAUCUCUGGUAUGCUUUUUCUGUAAGUAUAUACAUAUUAGAGACAUCCUUCUUUUAGAAUGUGAUCUUCCAAAGCCAAAAAAAGGUGAUGAGAUAAGGAGAAGCAGCUUGAUGGAAAAUAGGUGUAAUGGUUUUCUAGCAGUAGUUUCUCAACAAGGCUUUUGUUAGGCAACAGUAUGAUCUGUGUGACUUUGUACAUGCUAUGUAACAUAUAUAUUACAUCCAUAUAAAUAUAUAUGGUUUCUGCAGAUGUAUAUAUAUAUAUAUAUAUGUAUAUAUAUGUAUAUAUAUAUGGUUUCUCUGGGUGUUCAAAGAUAUUAAUUAGGAAAAAAAGAAAAUGGCUUAUUUGAAGAACUAAGGUAUUGAUUUUUAGGAAUUAGAGGGUUAAAAGAAUUUGUGGAAUAUAUAGGCAUCUAAUAUUCUGGAAAUCAUAAAAUUUAUUUUCAUUUCUUUGAUAUUUUAUACAUUUUUCUUUAUAUUUCCAGAAGUUGUGAGUCUAAAUAAAAAUCCCAAACUACUUACUUUUAUUGCACACUAUAUGCAAAUAAAGUCACAUAUUCUGUUUAAGACAAGGUAAAUAAUGGGACCCAAAAGUGCAACUGGCAGUAGUGGUUUUUAAUUCAAAAUGCUUUGGAGCCGCUGCUGAAAUCUUCAUCUUGAAACUGAAGUGCAAUGUAAAGGAUUCUGAAAACAGCCCAACUACAUCUAUUUCAUGAAAUACAAACCUACCACAGCUGCAAAUUUAUUUGAGGAUGCUGAUGGUGCUGCAGCUUUUCCACUGACAAGGAAAGACCACAUUACUUCGCUACAGAAAUCUCUUCUCCCUACCUUUCUUUCCUUUUUCUGUUGUCCUCCAAAUCAGUGUCAGAAUGUUAUCAGUUAUGGAGUAGGGUAGAGAGGUAGAUCUGAUAAGAAAUGAAAAAGAAUAAGGAUGCACUCAACUCCUCAAUUCUAGCGACUGUAAGCUAAAUUGUUGCUUUACCUGUAAUACAGUAAAUAUUUUAACAAUUUUAAGAGCAACUUACUAUUGAUAAAAUACUGAUCACUAUCAGGAUAUGGACUUUGCUUUUCU